CGCUUAUCGUUUUGUGUCAAAAAUCAAGCAAGAAUAAAAUUUAUUUAGAAAUUACAGAAUUUAAAGUUUAAGACGCCAUGGACGACAUACGCAGCAGCUUGGAUAAUAUGGUGGACCAUUUCAACGACAGCAUAACCCACUCGGCGCCCAAGAAGCUGCAGUUCGACCGUUUUUCCAUCUCGCUGAGCGAAGAUUCCGCAAAAUUGCCAAAGAAGCGACGCAUGGAGCAGGAGUCACCGAACUGCAGCCUGAACAGCACCACCGAAUCCUUAAACAGCUCGGCGAACGACCUGAAUCAGUCCCGACAGACCAGCAAAUUGCGCGCGGAGCUCAUCACGACACAGGCUCGUCUCAACCAGGUGCAGGAGCAGCUGAAGCAUAGCGACAAGAAGCGUCGCAUGGAGCUAUCACUGGCCGAAAGCAAGGUCUCCGCCCUGAAAGCUCAGUGCGACUACACCAGCAACAAGAUGCUGCAGCUGGUGUCGGAUAUGGAUAGUUUGCGCGAGCUAGAGCACAGCUACAAGGAGGAGGUGCGGCGUGUCAAGGCCGAGUUGGCCGCGCUGAAGCUGAAGUACGAUGAGACCGUCAGUAAGCUGAAGAACGAAAAGUCGCAGCAGGAGCACGACGCCCGCGAUGUUCAGCUCUGCAUCAACAACGAACUGGGUGACUACCGGCGCCAGGCUCAGCGCGCCGAGCUGGAGCUGCAGUCGACCCUCGACGAGCUGGAGUGCAUCCGGCAGCGACACGACGAGUACAAGGCUCGUGUGUCCGGCUUUGAGGAGUUGAGAGCCAACUUUGAGAUACAGCAGCAGAACCUGAAGGUGGCCGACGAGCGCAUCAAGGAGCUGGAGUUCGAGAUCCAGUCGUACACCGAUUGGAAGCAGGUGACCAAGGUCUCGCAGGAGCGUCUCGCCAGCAUCCCCGAAAUGGACGCCGAACUGCAACGACUGCGCAUCCACAACAGACAACUGAACAAGAUCAUUGGCGACAAACUGCUGCUGGAGGAGCAGGUGCACGCGUACAAGGCGCGGCUGGACAAGGAGGAGGGAGCCCGCGCCGAGGCAGCGUCGCUGCAGGUGAAGCUCUCGCACACGGAGCAGGAGCUCAAGGAGUGGGUCAAGGUCGCCCAAGAUCACUGUCUGGCCAACACUCUGGUCAGUCCUACGGCCCUGCGCUCCCGCAUCGAGCAGCUGCUGCAGGGCGACAUUGUCCAUGUGUCCGAGAAAUACGCCUCCGAAUCGGAGGCCAAGCAGAUGCGCAAUGCCGUGCGGGACUUGGAGCAGAAGGUGCGGGUGUACCUCAAAAACAUCGAGGAUCUGAACAUGAAUCUGAAGCGGCACAAGAACUUUAAGGAUCGGCUGCAGCGCAAGCUGCGCACGGUGUCCAGGGAGCGCGACUUCUACAAGCAGAUGGUGGACAACUUCGACAAGGAUCUGACCAUGAGCAAUGCGAGCGUGGCUGAGAUGACCCAGGACAUGCAGGUGCGCUAUCGCGUGGAUGUUCUGGAGCGCACGGUGUCUGGCUACAAGGAUCUGUGCGCCACACUGGACCGCGAGAUCCAGGCAAUGCGCGAUCAGGAACAGCUGAAUGACCCCUCCAGCGAAGACUACGAAAACGUGAAGAAGGAACUGGACGUGCUGCGCAUCGAGAACGACCGCCUGCGCAGGCGCAAAGAGGAGCAGGAGCUGGAGAUGAUGCAACGCUGCCUGCGCCAGGACAUCGACUCGCCCAUCAGCAAGGUGGUGCAUCUUGCCGACAAUCCCGCCGCCGAGGCAUACGAGUCGUCCAAGAACAUGUUCGAGAAGCUGCAGGCCGAGAUCGAGCGUCUGAAGCGGCACAACAAGAAGCUCGAGGAUGCCAACGAGCAGCAUCUGAACGAGACCACCAGCACCGGGGGCAUGACCAUGAACUUCAAGGAGCUGAACAAGAUGCGCGCCGAGCUUGAGUCGGCCAACGCCAAGCUGGGCAAGACGAAGGAGCACUUUAUGGCGGCCAGAAAGGAGUUCCGCGACGUUGUCUACAUGCUGCUGGGCUACCGCAUCGAUCGCGUUGGCUACAAGAGCAACUAUCGCGUUACCAGCAUGUAUGCGGAGAGUCCCGACGACUACUUUUCCAUUGCUUUGAGCGAGAACAACGAUCUGGCACUGCUCGAGACACCCUACUCGGAGACGCUGCAGCCAACACUCGACCAGCAGUUGGCAGCCAAUAACUCAUUCCCCCCAUUCUUCUCCUCCCUCACACUGGAUCUGUUCCAGCGGGCCACCGUCACGAUUAACUGAACGGGAGACUGUGGAGCCCCAGACACUUUCCACCCUUAUUUAACACUUAGCUUUAAGUAGUUUUGUAUCAUUUAACAUCCUUGGCACCUGUCCAUUUGCUAAAAUAUAUUCAUUUCUGUGUUUGCUUGC